AUGCACUUCAAAGCCAACACAACAAUUGACGGGAACGUGAGGUGGGCCAGGCGGAGAGGGCUGCCGUCCUGGUCGGGUCACGAGGCGGGUGCCCGGGCGCUGAGGGAGUUCGUUGACCUCAGCCGGAAAUGGGGGAUUCGGGUUCUCACUGUCUUCGCGUUUUCGUGUGAUAACUGGGUUCGCCCAAAGAUGGAGGUUGAUUUUUUGAUGAGUUUGUUUGAGGGGGUGAUCAAGUCAGAGAUCAACAAUCUUGACAGGGAAGGCAUUCGAAUAUCAGUCAUUGGGGAUUCGUCAAAGCUCCCCGAUUCUUUACAGAAACUGAUAAGUGAAGCAGAGGAGAAAACAAAGGACAACUUUAGACUCCAACUUAUUGUAGCAGUGAGCUACAGUGGGAAAUAUGAUGUAGUGCAAGCAUGUAAAAGCAUUUCUCAGAAGGUAAAAGACGGCCUCAUUCAAGUUGAAGAUAUCAAUGAAAGCGUCAUCGAGCAGGAACUGGAAACUAAUUGUACUGAGUUUCCCUACCCUGAUCUACUCAUCCGAACCGGUGGCGAACUUAGAGUCAGUAACUUCUUGUUAUGGCAGUUGGCCUACACAGAACUUUUCUUCGUACCAGCUCUUUGGCCUGAUUUUGGGAAGGCCGAGUUUGCAGAGGCCUUGAUUUCAUUUCAGCAAAGGCAGAGACGUUAUGGUAGACGAGAUUUAUAGGAUUUUUUGUAACUGUACAUAAUUUAUUGAUACUGCAUGCCUAUUGCUACGAAGAACACAAAAUCAUCAUCUAGUGUUGAAUGUACACCAAUGAUUAGUAAUGCAUCAGAUUUUGGAGGAA